AUGGAUUUUGGAAGGAAAAAGACUCAAAAGUACACUUUCAAGAGGCCUAAGUUAGAAGACCUAAGGACAUUGGGAUCUUUGGUUAUUGACACAGAGGCUUUCAGCAAAAGAUAUGGACAUUUUCUCUCUCUUUUGAAGAUCAACAUGGAAGAUGGACGUCUUUCUACUUUGAUUCAGUUUUAUGAUCCCAUGUAUCACUAUUUCACUUUCCUCGACUAUCAGCUUAUGCCAACACUUGAAGAAUACUCUCAUUUGAUUGGUGUUCGUAUUUCUAGUCAAGCUCCAUUUUCUGGUUUGGAGGAAGAUCCCAAAGAUCAAGACAUUGCAAAGGCUACUCACUUGAAAAUGUCAGAGAUUAGGGAUCACAUGACCAUAAAAGGAAAAAUGCUUGGUUUGACAACUAAGUUCUUAAUGAACAAAGCUCAGUAUUUUGCUAGAAUGAGGAGUGUGGAUGCGUUUGAGGUUGUUUUUGCUCUACUUAUCUAUGGAUUGUUCCUAUUUCCUAGUUUUGAUGACUUCGUUGCCAUGGAUGCCAUCAAGAUCUUCUUAAUAGGAAAUCCAGUUCCUACUUUACUUGUCGGUGCCUAUCACUCUAUUCAUAUGAGGAAUUCUCAUAGCGGAGGAAUGAUUACAUGUUGCAUGCCUAUGUUGUACAAGUGGUUUAUUUCUCACUUGCCAAGGUCUCAUGCUUUUUGGGAUCUUAAGGAUGAUCUUUUAUGGUCACAAAAGAUUAUGUCGCUCACACAUUCAGAUAUUGUUUGGUAUAGUUGUGACUAUGAUGGAGUUAGUAUCAUUGAUAGUUGUGGAGGAUUUUCUAAUGUACCUCUUCUUGGUACAAAAGGAGGCAUCAAUUACAACCCAAUCCUAGCUCGUUGUCAACUCGGUUAUCCAAUGAGAGAUAAGCCAAAGAAUAUUCACUUGGAAGGUUUGUUCUUUAAGGAAUGUGAAGAUUGUAAAGCGCUCAAAAAGAAGAUUGUGAACGCUUGGCGCCAUGUUCAUAAGCUAGAAAAGAAAGUUUUAGGGAAGACAAAUUGUGUCUCUUUAGAACCAUACCUUAAAUGGGUGUAA